CGGGCUUACGUUGUGUCUGCGGCCCCGGGAUCAGCCGUCAGCCAUGGGGAACACCAGCAGCGAGCGGGAGCGGGCCGGGAUGGAGCGGCACGGGGGCCACAAGGCGGCCCGGGGGGACAGCUCGGGGGGCUCCAUCAAGGACGGGGACCGGCCGAAGAUCCUGAUGGACAGCCCCGAGGACACCGACCUCUUUCACUCCGAGGAGAUCAAGGCUCCCGAGAAAGAAGAGUUCCUCGCCUGGCAGCACGAUUUGGAGGUGAACGACAAAACUCCCACGCAGGCUCGCCCGACAGUGUUUCGUUGGACAGGGGGAGGAAAAGAAGUGUAUUUAUCGGGGUCCUUCAACAAUUGGAGCAAACUUCCCCUUACAAGAAGCCACAAUAACUUUGUCGCGAUCCUGGACCUGCCCGAAGGAGAACAUCAGUACAAGUUCUUCGUGGACGGUCAGUGGACCCACGACCCCUCUGAGCCAGUAGUAACCAGCCAGCUCGGCACGCUCAACAACGUCAUUCAGGUGAAGAAAACGGACUUCGAGGUGUUUGACGCUUUAAUGGUGGACUCCCAAAAGUGCUCCGACAUGUCCGAGUUGUCCAGCUCGCCCCCGGGACCGUAUCACCAAGAGCCCUACGUGAAUAAGCCCGAGGAGCGCUUCAAGGCCCCGCCCAUCCUCCCGCCCCACCUCCUCCAAGUCCUGCUCAACAAGGACACCGGCGUUUCCUGCGAUCCCGCUCUGCUGCCCGAGCCCAACCACGUAAUGCUCAAUCACCUGUACGCCCUGUCUAUCAAGGACGGCGUGAUGGUUCUGAGUGCCACCCACCGCUACAAGAAGAAGUACGUCACCACCUUGCUCUACAAGCCCAUCUGAGGGGCCCGCGCGGCCGGGCCGCCCCCGGGGGAGAAGCUAAUUCUCCAGCCACCCCCUUUCCGAAUCCACGCCCCUCUCCGUGAAGACAGGCUCUCCCCCCCCACUGGCCUACUGGAACGGGAUUAGCCGGUCCGACCGCUAACCGACUCGGAAAAAGCCUCGGGGAUUCGAAAUCUCAGAAGCAGAAGCUAAGUUAUGUAACGUCGAAAGCCAAGUCGCCCGAGAGGCGAUUUCCGUCCGCCCCUCCGCCAUCCAGCCGGAGGGAAGGGCCCAGACAAAGUGUAAUGGGGAGGGAGGGGGGUGGAAUCGUGCUCGGGUAUGACACUUUCUGCUAUUUCGAGAUCAGCGACUUCUUUUUCUAAGCAUAUUAGUGGGGCUUCAACAGGGCGAAGCAUCGAUGUUGGAGUCCUUGCCAGUCCAAGCAAUAGAUUUCCACCACCUCUCAAACUUUCAGGAGGAGAGGUGAAAUUUGUAUUAGGCCUGUUUUGUAGAUGAAGCUAUUACACCUCAGUUUCUCACAUUUUAUGUGCACUAAGUAUUUUUUUAAAGAGAUGGCUGUAUAUACAUAUGUAGAUGUAUCUGUGUGUGUGUGUGUAUAUAUAUAUAUAUAUAUAUACAUUUAUACACAGACACAGUCUUUUAAAGGCAGUUGUUUUUAAUUGCCAGGAUUAAAGUACUGCAGUCAUGUAAAAGUGCUCUUUAAUCUGUUUUUGCAGCAGAUUUUUUUUUUUUAAAAAUGGCUCUCGCUGAUUAUCUGAGGACAAACCAGGGUAGCAUAAAGGUCUACAGCUUUUUAUUCUCAGAUCAGUCAUAGGGCAACCUAAGCCUUUUAUAAAUGAGCCAACCUCCAUUUAGCCGAGGCUUUGCCAAUAACUCUAACGUGGUCUUGGAAAUCAAGGGCAACACCAGGUGAGGCUGGACCUCGAAAUUCUCCCUUCAUUGUAGGCGGGGAGCUUUUCUCCCCACUCCAGUGUAUUGUACUCUCCCAAAUGUCUAGUACAGUGCUCUGCAUCCAGUAAGCACUCUCAAUAAAUGCGAUUGAUGGA